CGAGGACAAGCUGCGGGUAAAGCCACCUAAGAUGACAGCGAGCAACAAGAUGCUGUACUUCUCUCUGCAAGCCUUGAAGGCUGCCCUGCCCAACGCUGUGGUGAAGGGCAUUCCAUCAACGAAACGAGCAGUUCUGAACAAGAAAGAGACAGGUGAGAAGGUGUCUUACACUUUGCUGGUGGAAGGUUACGGUUUGCGCGAGGUCAUGGCAACGCCAGGGAUCAAUCCCAGCAAGACUAGCUCCAACCACGUGGUGGAGGUGGAGAAGGUCUUGGGAAUCGAAGCUGCACGACGGACCAUCAUGCAGGAGAUCAAAGUCACGCUGGGAGCUCAUGGCAUUUCCGUGGAUGCCCGUCAUAUCCAAAUGCUGGGAGAUUGCAUGACCUAUCGUGGUGCGGUCUUGGGCAUCAAUCGCUUCGGCAUUAGCCGCAUGCGAACCUCCGCCUUGAUGCUGGCCUCCUUCGAGCGCACCACCGAUUUGGUCUUCGACGCUGCGGCACGGCAUCGUGUGGAUCCGAUCAAAGGGGUGAGUGAGUGCAUUAUCAUGGGCUCCACCAUCAACGUAGGCACUGGGCUUUGUAAGCUUCUCUACGACUUUGGGGCAAAUCCGUCCAAAACAGGCGGUCAGACUGGCAGUCCGACUGUUGGCAGCAGCAGUUCUUGGAAGGUGACUCAAGGCCGUGCUCCUCUCCUCAAGAAUUGGCGGAAGCGUGUGAGCUUCGAGGAUAAGGAGAAAUCAUCCAAGGCUCAACGUCUGGAUGAGAAAACAUGAGAAAACAAGCUGAUCCCAUCGCUAGUAGGUUGGAGGCCAUCGCUACUAGGGUGGAGGCGGCGGUCCACGCCGAAGGUCGGGCCAGCUGGGCGACUUGUACAUAGAAUUUGCCGACCGAGACUCGGUGCACAAGAGGGCGUGAGCACGGUGCC